AUGUCAGAGUUGAGGUCACAACUCAAUCCUCUUCUGCAAGCACUCAGCACAACACCGGUGUUCAGCAGUUUGAAGCCCUCGACUGCAGCAGACGGACUAGCUGCAUUUCUAUUUCUUCUUACAUCGCUCGGGUACAUCACUCGUGGUCGCAUUUGGGACAAGCCAGACCCGAACUACCAUGUCGAAGAGGGCUUCUCAGACGGGAAGACCGAUUCUACGCGCGACGUUUGCCAACGCCUCGACGAGGGCGGCUACCAUUGCGUCAUCUUUUGGGGCUCACAGUCUGGUACAUCAGAGCGCCUCGCCGAGAGCCUGGGCCGAGAGUGCGGCGCGCGCUAUGGAGUGAAUGCCUUGGUUGCGGACCUAUCCGAUUACGAUGCCGAAAGUAUUGCGAGGAUCCAGAACAAGUAUUUCGCCAUCUUCAUCCUGAGCACAUAUGGCGAAGGCGAUCCGAGCGACAACACUACCGGCCUUUGGGAGUGGAUCAAGCGGCUAGGCGACGACAACAUUCGGCUUGAGAGCUUGCGAUACCUGGCAUUCGGUCUCGGUAAUAGCAACUACAAAUACUACAACAGGGUCCUCGAUGUUGUCGCCGAUGCCUUAGAUACUGCAGGCGCUACUGCGCUGAUGCCACGGCAGAGAGCCGACGAUGCCAAUGGUGGCACAGAGGAGGACUAUCAAGCAUGGAAAGAUGAUGUCUUCACUCUGCUUGCUCAGAUGGGGUUCGAAGAGAAGGCUGUCACUUACGAGCCGACGAUGAGGGUUGAUCUCGCCGCCGUGAGCCCUGGUCCCGAAGCAAAUUCCGUCACCUCGGUGCACCACCAACGAUCUGCCUUGAACUCAGCCAUAGUUCCUUUGACCAUCAAACACUCCCGCGAGUUGUUCGUGUCGGGGGAUCGCAACUGCGUGCACUUGGAAGUGGAUCUGGGCAAUACGGACAUCGUGUACAAGACUGGGGAUCAUAUCGGCAUCUGGCCCGUCAACCCUGAGGAGGAAGUCAACCGACUGCUCGACAUCCUGGGCUUGCAAGGCCGUAGGCACGACUGCCUCACCGUAGCACCGAAGAGCGGUUCCGACAAGCCAAAGAUACCGUCGCCGUGCACGCUCGAGACAGCUUUCCGCAAUCAUCUAGAGGUUUGCGCGCCUGUGGCUCGGAAGGCUGUGCUCGACGUUGCUCAGUUUGCGCCCACCCCUCAAGCCAAAUCGAAGCUCCUCGGCAUUGCGCAGGACCGUGGGCGUUACGAGCGGUUCACGUCUUCUGCACACGUCACGUUCGCUCGGCUGCUCGAGCUUGCCAGCCCUGAUGCUGCGUGGACCUCGAUACCGCUCGCUUUCGUUAUCGAUAACUUGCUGCCGCUUCAGCCGAGAUACUACUCCAUCUCUUCGAGCUCCGUAACGUCUCCCCGGCGCAUCGCAAUCACCGCACUAGUAGUCAGUAAGACGAUCACGACUGAAGACCAGUCAACAACCAAUAUUCCUGGCCUGACGUCCAAUUACCUCUUAUCGGCAUCCAAUCUUCGCCCGGCCGGAAAUACGCCAAUUCCCACCUAUCACCGCUCAGUCGGAAGUGGAGAUGUCCAGGGCCAAACAGUUCUCGCGCACGUGAGGAAGUCGAAGUUCAAGCUGCCCAUCACAUCUUCGACGCAAUUGAUCAUGGUCAGCGCUGGUACCGGCUUUGCUCCUUUCCGUGCGUUUCUCCAGGAGCGCACCAAAUUGCAUGCGAUUGGUAGGCCGAUUGGCAAGAUGUUGCUGUUCUUCGGAUGUCGGAACCAGGAGGACUACAUCUACCGUGACGAGCUGGCAAAGAUGCAGGAACAGUUAUCUUAUAAAUCAUACGCUCCUCCGAGAUUCUGUGCGUUCAACCCUUGCGCUAGCGCCGCGCUAACGCGCUAG